GUGCGCGGAGGGGCGGCCCCGCACAUGGCUCGGCUGCGGCCCCGUUCCCUUCCCCCGGCCCUGAGCGCGCUGCCCGCUGGCGCCGCGAGCGGGUGAGCGCCCGGGGCCUGCGCGCCGCCCUGCGGGGAUGAUGCAGCCGAGCGCCGGGGCCCGCGCGGAGUGAGGCGGCCGCGGGCCCGAGCCCCCCGGGCGGGGGGAUGCUGUCCCGGAAGAAGACGCGCACGGAGCUCUCCAAGCCGGGCGAGGUGCAGGGCAAGUACGUGAAGAAGGAGACCAGCCCGCUGCUCCGCAAUCUGAUGCCUUCAUUUAUCCGUCAUGGUCCGACCAUUCCAAGGCGAACUGAUAUCUGCCUUCCUGACUCGAGUUCUUCUGCCUACUCUGCUGGAGGGGAUGGAAUAGUUUCUAGAAACCAGAGUUUCCUUAGAACUCCGGUUCAGAGGCCACCUCAUGAAAUAAUGAGGCGAGAAAGCAACAGACUAUCUGCGCCUUCCUAUCUUGCAAGAAAUUCGGCUGAUGUCCCUCGGGAAUAUGGUUCUUCCUCCCAGUCCUUUUUAACAGAAGCUAACUCUGUUACAGAAAAUGGAGAUGCUGGUACCCGGUAUUACUAUGAUUUUUAUGAUGGUCAAAGGAGGCAUCAGCUAAGUGAUCGUGUACAUGAGAACUAUAGAUAUUAUGGACAUAACAAUGAUCUCUUCCAAAGGAUGUCACAGAAUCAAGGGAGGCAUACUGCAGGCAUUGGCAGGGUUCCUGCUACAUCACUAGGAAAUUUAACAAAUCACAGUUCUGAAGAUUUACCUCUUCUUCCUGGCUGGUCAGUGGACUGGACUAUUAGAGGAAGGAAAUACUACAUUGAUCAUAACACUAAUACAACUCAUUGGAGCCAUCCACUUGAGCGUGAGGGGCUGCCUCCUGGAUGGGAAAGAGUUGAGUCAGCAGAAUUUGGGGUGUAUUAUGUAGAUCACAUCAAUAAAAGAGCUCAGUACAAACAUCCCUGUGCUCCCAGCGUUCCUCGUUAUGAUCAGCCUCCACCAGUGACUUAUCAGCCACAGCAAGCUGAGAGAAGCCAGACCCUUCUAGUGCCUGCAAAUCCAUACCACACUGCAGAGAUUCCUGAUUGGCUACAGGUCUAUGCCAGGGCUCCUGUAAAAUAUGAUCACAUUCUGAAGUGGGAACUCUUCCAACUAGCUGAUCUAGAUACAUACCAGGGAAUGUUGAAGCUGCUCUUCAUGAAAGAACUGGAACGAAUUGUUAAACUGUAUGAAGCAUACAGGCAAGCCCUUCUCACGGAGCUGGAGAAUCGCAAGCUAAGGCAGAAGUGGUAUGCACAACAACACGGCAAGAAUUUUUAAGCUAACCAUUUUUUUAAAUGGAAUUUCAUGAGGACACUAAGAGCUUUAAAAGAUUUUUAUUUUUUUUAAACCAUGAACAAGUGCUUUGGUUUAAAAGGCAGCUUAUUUUUGUUGAUGUUGCACCUUUGUCAUUAAUUAUCCUCUUGAAUGUUUUUCUACAUCUAGAAGGUAUUGUUUAUAGAAUGAAAAACAUGUUUGUUAUUCUUUUUCUGUACAAAAAAGUUAGUUUAUUAUUCUGAGAACCAGUAUGGAGGAAAAACCACUUGAUUCUGGUAUCUCCUUUUAGCAGACAGCUGUAUUAAGAAGCUGUCUAUAUAUUUUAACAUGGUGAUAAAUGCAAUUAAUGUCCUGGAUGCAAAACAAUCUUGUUAAAAUCCAAAUGAAUAAGUUUUUAUUUCCCUUCAGAUGCCCCGUGUGUCUCUGGGGAGAGGCUGUUCUUUGUGCAACAUCUAAGCUAAGAUGUUUACUGCUUUAAUGUACAGAAACACUGACACUGUUACUUUAUAGUAACACUCAGUAAUAUUACUAAAUAGUGCAGAAGCAUAGAUUGUUUUUUCAAUCAGAACAAAAUGCUUCAUUGAUGAAGUAUGAGGUGCCUUGUAUUUUUUACUGUUAUAUGCAUCAUAUCACUUUAGAUUUGCCAGCAAUCUGCACAGAACUUUGUCAUGGGGCAAGAUACCUGCAGCCUCUUCAAGACUAGGGGCCAGUCUGCAGUUCAGAUAUAGGUCAGCCUAGCUGCGUUGCUCAAGUUUGAAAAAUUCAUACCCCUGAGAGACAUAGUUAAGCUGACCUAACCCCCGGUGUAGACAGCACUAGGUCAACAAAAGCAUUCCUCCCUCGAUCUAGCUACUGCAUCUCUGGGGGGUGGCUUACCUACACCGAUGGGAGAAUCCCCUCCAUUGCUGUAGUAAGUGUCUGUGCUACAGCAGUGCCACUGCAGCUGUGUUGCUGGAGCAUUUCCAGUGUGGACAUACCCUAAGACCUGCAAGCUGCUCCACAUGCAUGUUGAGCUAACUGCAGUUGGAAAGCAAUAGAAUUAUCUAACUGACUUAUCAGCCAUAAAUCUCCAUGAUAAAAUCAGGGAUGCAUUUUUUGCAAAAAUGUUGUCUUGUAACGAGGUUUUCUUUACACAUGAAGUUUUUAACCUGCACAGCUACCCCUUCCAGGAUCAUACUUUGGUUGAUUUGUUGUUUAUGGCUCCUUUUUUUAGUGCAAUAAAUAUUGUUGCAAAUAAGAAAAUACAUUUCCUGUAAAUCACAUCAAUUCAAUAAAUUUCAAUUUUUUGCUUUAAAU